AUGACCACAGAGGCCUUUGGCAAUACAACGCCUGUCACAGUGACCAGAUCUAUUCAUCUCGAUUCUGAAAAGCAUGCAAGCCCAAACGUUAACACAUACGGCACACGAUCGACGGCAGACGGACCUUGGCCUAGAGGGGAGGUGAUAUACGCCGAAAGUGGAUCAAUGGCCCCUAACCGUGCAUCUACUUUCAACGGCUACUACAGACAGCCACGGGGCCGCGGUUCUUUACAUCGAGGCAAACGGAAAUUCCAUUUUCCAAUGCAUUACGAUGGUCCACCCGCCACGUACCUGCAAAACAGGCGUGGCUAUCUCCGAUCGCAUGGAAUGCGGUGUAAAUGGAACACCAGCAUGCCACAAGGACUGCACUUCUGCGGUUCAUCGUCUCCUCAUCCCACGGGUUACAUGGAAGAUGGUUUCAUCGAUGACACCUUCGCGAGUGAUCUCGGGCAGUACAGCUUACAGGACAGCAUUCAAGGCAGAUCUUCAGACCAGGAAACUUUGGGUACAUUGGAUGGGCUCAAGGUAGCAAAUGAACACAAAAGAACCGCUGACCAUGGGGAUGCCUACAAUCUCAGCAAGGCCAUGCGCAAUCAUGUGGACAUAAGCAAUUCGGUCGCCUCCUGCGCUCAAAUACAUCCGCUACUGAACGGUGAUGGUGCCAACACAGACGAAGAGAAUAAGGAAGAGCUGAUACACACCCCGGUGUACAAUGGUUUAAAAAACCUACACACACCUAUGGAUUAUCUGACGCUGGUUUGGGGUAAGUCAGUGCUCAUGAAUUGA